AUGUAUCGCCUAAGUCAUAUCAACCAGGCCGCGGCCAACGACAUGUUUGAACGCCUCAUGGAAGAGGAACCGGCUGGGGACAAAUCUGCAGAUGAAGCGCAGAAAUGGUCCAGUGACACCAAGGACGGCUCUGUCGAUCAAGCGAAGGGAGACUCUGCUGAUGAAGCCGAGGUUCAGUGCUCAUUGACAAACAGCUUCAUGCAGUGGCCUUAA